CUUGGCUCCUCGGGCCAGUCUGCCCCAGCGUUUGGCCUUGGCACCUCGGGCCAGUCUGCCCCAGCAUUUGGCCUUGGCUCCUCGGGCCAGUCUGCCCCAGCGUUUGGCCUUGGCUCCUCGGGCCAGUCUGCCCCAGCGUUUGGCCUUGGCUCCUCGGGCCAGUCUGCCCCAGCGUUUGGCCUUGGGUCCUCGGGCCAGUCUACCCCUGCGUUUGGACUUGGAUCUUCAAGCCAGUCCGCAUUUGGACAGUCCAUUGCUGGCCAGUCUGCUCCUGUUUUUGGAAAUAUAGUUAAUAGUCAAUCUGGUGCACUCCUGGGACAAACUACUACCCAGUCUACUUCAGCUUUUGGAAAUGUCACCACUGGUCAGUCUGCCCCCCUAUUUGGACAAGCUACUGCUGGACAGUCUUCCUUUGGGCAAGCAACUAUUGGGCAAUCUGCACCUGCAUUUGGACAGACUACUGCUGGUGUAUCUGCUCCUACAUUUGGACAGGGCUCUGUAAGCCAAUCUGCCUUACCCUUUGGCCAAUCUAUUACUAGUCAACCAGCUUCUUUUAUUGGACAGGGCCCUACAAGCCAAACCACUUCACCAUUUGGACAAACUACCACAAGCUCAUCUUCCAUUUUUGGACAAGCUUCUAAUAGCAACUCUGCGUCCUUAUUUGGUCAAACCCCUACAAGUCAGUCCACUCUGCUUUUUGGACAAGCUACAUCCAGCCAAGUCGCACCCACCUUUGGGCAGGGCUCAACCAGUCAGUCGACAUCCAUAUUUAGUCCAGCUACAACCAGGAUGUCUGCAUCUCCAUUUGGAGUGGUCAUGACUAGCCAGUCUAUUUCCUCUAAUAGCCAAAAUGCCAGUCAAAACACUGAUACUCAAUCAGACUCCAUUUUUGGAAGGAAUGCAACUGUGUUUGGGCAGACCAUCAGUGAAUCACCCUCUGAGUCUAAACAAUCACCUUCCAGACAGAUGUCUUUACUUGGUCAAGGUUCUGUGCAGGGCCCCCUGUUUGGACAGACAUCAUCAGGUCAAGGUUUUGGGUUUGGAAAGGUCUCAUCUUCUUCCCAGAUGCCUGUUUUUGGGCAGGCUACAGGUGGACAAAAUUUUAGCUUUGGCCAAGGAACAACUGCUCCCUCUGGGCAAGAAACCUCAAGCCAGCCUUCUAAUUUUGGAACGGCCAUAUCUGCGCAAAAAACUGUAUUUAGUCAAAAAUCUGGAAACCAAACUAUGUUUGGUAAAACAGUUAGUGGCUGUGACUCAGUUAGGGAAUCAGAUCAGUUUCUUUCUGGCCUACCGACUUCAUCUGCCCAGGAUACAUCGAAACAGACAUCUGUGUUUGGAACUUCUGACCCUAAACAGUCUGGUACACAGUUGCCUUUUGGUGGAUACGAACAACACUCAGUUUUUGGACAUGGUGGGAUUUCUAGAAAGGUCCCAGGUUUGGGAGAAUCAUCUGUCAAAUCUGCAUUUGGGCCGCAAACCACUUCUGGACAACCUGCAGGAGUAGCACGAACAAUGGAUGGGCAAGCACUAAUGAAAACGGAGCCUGGUUCAACAGAGUCUACUAUAACCACCACUUUUGCAUCAUCCACAUUUGCGCAGACAUCUAAUGUAUCCUCGUUAAAUACAGAUAAUAGAUUCAAACCUCCUGCAUAUUCUACUUUUAAGCCGAUCUGUGGAACGGUGGCUGCUCCAGAAAAAAAACAGGGCACUGAUCCCACUUCUUUCUCCUUUGUGAGUCAUGCUAAAGGUGACACAGAAGAUCCAAGUUUAAGUGGCAACCCGGGGCAGUCAAGUGAACCAAGCAGCUUCUCCUCAGACUACAAAAAUAAGGGUGAAAGUUCCUCUUCAGUGCCUGUAUUUAGAAAUGUUGCUAGCAACUUCACCAGUAUUGUGAGCCCUAGUAGCAGUGCAGGAGUCUCAGACUUUUUGGAAGAUACCAGGAAAGAAGAACCUCUCAAAAGUUUUAAAAGGAAGGAUGAUCGGAAUCACUCCCCUAGCAGACUUGAAACCCCGACGUCAGAAAAAAGCGAUAUUUCCCCAGGGAAAAAACAAAGUAGACACCAGUUAUCUGGAGGAGCUAACCUCUUGGUAAGGAGCUUGUAUGAUGUUGUGAAGAGCCAAAUGAGGCCUAAUCAAAGAAAUUCUAAAAGGGAUGAAGCAACGGCCGGUCAGCCUACAGAACAAGAACCUUCCCCAAGUCAGUCGACGGUUGGUAAAACUGAACCAGUCCAGCAAACAUCCAGCAAAUUCCAAAUUUCAGCUGGGCCAAGUCAGUCAGCACCUAGCAGACAUUCUUCUUCAGCUAUCAACUACCAGACAGGUGCCAGAGCCUUUCCUACAGCAGGUCCUAGUCAACCAGCGUCCAACAAAUUCCGACCUGUACAAGAGGACAAGACUGAAUCCGCAGACGCUGCAGUUUUCCCUCCAAAGACCCCAUUGCGCAGAGCAAGGCGUGCAAAUAGCAGUACAGACAGCACAGGGCCUCUUUCUCCAACUGAGCUUACUGCAAUCCAGGUGAAGAAUUUGCCCCAGCAUCUCAACGACAAGCAAAGUUUGGAGAAGUAUUUUAGCAAGUUUGGAAAGGUGCAGCGUUUGUACUGCAAGCCAGGGAGCAAGCUUGCAAUCGUUCAUUUCCUCACUCACACAGCUGCUGCUCAGGCCAAGAAAAUGGGAAAGAAGUUGCACAGGGAGGUGUCCGUGUUUUGGCAUCGUAAGAAGACCAGUCCUUUUAAAAAGGAAUCUUCUUCAUCUAAGAUGACAAGUCAGCAAGAAAAUAGGGAGGAAAGUGAGAUGACCACAGUCUCAUUGCAGUCUUCUGGGCGCAGAUUUUUGUCCCGAGAGCCAACUGCAAGCAGUGGUUCCAAGGGAUCGCCUCACAAGAAAUCUCUUGUCACUGUUCAGUUUGAUACUGACAGCGCCGAUUCCCCAGGCCCUUCUUCUGAUACUACAGGAUCAUCGCUGCCACCUUCACUUUCACAUCUUGUGGGUAUUGUGGCAGAAAGCUCAGAAGAAAAAUAUCGGUUGCUGGACCAAAGGGACAGGAUUUUGAGGCAAGCCCGGGUAAAGCGAACAGAACUAGACCAGGCCAAAGUGUUUGUGGGCACUUGUCCUGACAUGUGUCCAGAGAAAGAACGAUACAUGAGGGAUACUCGCAACCAACUUAGCUCCUUUGAGUACUUUCCAGGAACUGAUAAGUUGGACCAUGCAGCUGCCAUCAAGGAGUAUAGUCGUUCCUCUGCUGAUCAAGAGGAACCGCUUCCUCAUGAAUUACGCCCAGCUCCUGUACUAAAUAUGACAAUGAAUUACCUUGUAACUCAGAUCAUGGACCUUGGGGAGGAUAAUUACCGGGAAUGGUAUGAUUUUGUGUGGAACCGCACACGUGGGAUUAGAAAGGAUAUAACACAGCAACAUUUGUGCAACCUUGUGACUGUGUCGCUGAUGGAGAAGUGCAUGCGUUUCCACAUACACUGCGCCCACCAGAUGUGUGAGGAGCCCAUGUCCUCGUUUGAUACAAAGAUCAACAAUGAGAACAUGACAAAAUGCCUGCAGAGCUUAAAAGAGAUGUAUCAGGAUCUUCAAAGUCGAGGCGUGUUCUGCCCCAAUGAGCCAGAGUUCAGGGGCUAUAGUGUUUUGCUCAACCUGAACAAGGGAGACAUUCUCAGAGAGAUCCAACAGUUUCAUCCUUCUGUCCGCAACUCUGCUGAAGUAAAAUUUGCAGUACAAGUAUUUUCAGCCCUGAACAGCACGAACUUUGUCAGGUUCUUCAAGCUGGUUCGGUCUGCAUCUUAUCUAAACAGUUGUAUAUUGCACUGUUACUUUAACCAGAUUCGAAGACAUGCUGUACGGAGCCUCAAUGUUGCGUACACUGCCAGCAUCCAGAGAACCACAUUAUUUCCUCUGGAUACCAUGGUUCAUCAGCUGCUCUUCCAUGAUGUUAAUGACGCAGCACAAUUUCUCAAUUCCUAUGGCCUUAGCGUGUUUGAUGGGAAUGUUGAGCUGAAUCGUGCAGCAUUCACUGAGCCAGAGGUUCCUCCUAGCCCUAAGAAGUGCUUAUUUAUCAGCCAAAAGCGCCAGGUUUCCGUGGGGGAAAUAGUGAAUGGUGCACCGCUCCCUCUCUUUACCCUUCACCAUCCCGUGUGCAGCUUUGACCUUCAAAACAAGUUUACAGGUGGAAUUAGCAUUAUGGACCCUGGAACCAGAGAAAACCAAGAGACACCUGGUGACCCUGAGCCAGAGAACCGAGGUAUUGUGUCUGAAGAGCUCACUAUGAAACCCUUGGUUGCUCUUCUACCAUCUACUGUAGAGUCUGCAUCUGUUCCUAUACAGACUGCUUUCCAGACGGUAUUUCCGCCAGCGCGAACCCAAAGCCCUCCUAAGGUUCUUUACAGCGAGCAGGAUAUUGCUGCUGUCAUGGAAGAACUUGUAGAAGACACGUUGAAAGAGCUAGGUGACGGUCUCUGCGAAGCGGCAGCUGCCUACAUCGCUUUUGCUGCUGGAGAGUCCUCUAUACUUUAUGACACCCUCCUUACAGAAGUGAUCUCGGAAUUUUCAGUUAAAAUUGCUAAAGAAGUCGUUCAAGCUGAGACUGAGAGCGUAAAAGAGGAAAAACGCAGACAAGCAGAGGAAGCCAGGCUAAAGCAGGAGAGGGAGAGGCUGCUAACUACGAUCAGCCAUUUGCAGUGCACUGAGCUGCUUAAUGACGUUUUGACUAAAUGCAUGUACAGUAUUUCCAGUGAAACUCUGCAACAAGCUCUGCAGCUGGACCAUAGCGCUCGUAUUGCACGCUGCUCCCAGGAAGUGUGCGAUGGAACAGUAGAUCGGUUCCUCAAUGACGAGAUCUUCCUGUUAGCCAGAGAAUCACUCCGUCAGAUGCACCUUUACAGCAAAUACACCCAGAGAUGGAAGGAGGUGUUGGCUUCACGAAAGAGGCUGAGACGUCAGAUGAGAGGGUUUCCGGCUGCUCCUGGUUCUGUGGCCUGCAGUAACACAAUUAAGGUGUUACUACCCAGUGCACCUUUUCCACCUGAUGAUGAGAACCUGGCUAAAGGUUUUCUUGACAUGGGACAUGCAGGAAAAUUAAGUGUGUCUUUCACCAGGCUUCAGCAGCUACAGGAGCAGAUGUUCCAUAAAAUGAAGGUUCAGCAUUUUGUACAAGAGCUUCUUUGUGAUUCUGCAUGGACCCCUUUAGAACUGCCUCCUUUGCUUGUUGAGAACCUUCGUGCAUUGAAGAACUAUAUUUUUUGGAAAAUGGUUCUUAUUUUGCCUAAAAGUGAUGAACCCAAUGACCCUACAAGCAUCCUCUGUGAGUGGUUAAAGGUGAAGUUCUACAGAAUGGAUUCACAGCUAUUACAGGAUCAGGGACAACCGGUUCAAACACUUGCACUGUACAGCUUGUUACAGCCGUACAAAGACCACUCUGUGGAUGUUAAUGUGUGCGUCAAGGUGGUACAAGGUCCCCUUAAACCUUCUGAGAUGGAGCAGGUUGAAGCUCAAAAACAGCUGCUGGGGACGAGUGCCCUCAUGCUCUUGUUGCCUACUCGUACAGAUGUUACUGAUGAUGACUUAUACUGGAUUACUGCUAUACUGCAGCUAAAGCAACUACUGCAAGCCAAGCCUUUCUGCCCACCACUUCCGCUUGCUGUGCUUGUACCAGGGCAGCACCAGGAUUUAGUGAGCAAGGUGGAAGAAGGGCUUAAUCUUACAGAUCUUGUUUCACAUGGUCUAAUCUCAGAGUAUAUAGUUAUCCUGGUCCCGGAUACCGUGAAUGAUAUGCAAGGGUCGUACCAGGUCACCUCUGCUGUACAGUUCCUUUUGUCCAACUGUCCUCGCUCCUUGGACUUGUGCUGUCUACCAUUGCAGCAAUAUAUAGAGGAUGGUGUGUGUUGUACCUUUAGUAAACGCUUUGAUCAUGAUGUAUCAGAACGCAAGAAAGCACUGCUUCCGUCCCAGGAUCCUGCAGCCAUCAUCGAUCUGUAUAACUACUCGAUCUCGUUCCUGGCAGAAGCUGUGUCUUCAGAACACUUUUGUGACUUGUCUUGGCCAGUAACAGAGUUUACAUGUCCAAAGGGUAGUUCUGUAAUGCCCCACCUUGGCUGGAAUGGUCCUGCUCAUCUGUCUUGGCUAAAAAAAGUGCUGCUUUCCUUUCAGAUACCGCAAAUGGAUAAACCACCGCAAGGGGCACCCUGGCCCCCUGUUCGUGAUAUGAUCCUGGAAUAUGCGAGGCAGAUUUGUAGGCGUCAAGAGGCAUUUCCUGUCCUCCUCUCUGAGGUCCAGUGUCUCCUGGGACGUGCAUAUAAGAGCUGGCAAGACGGGCACAACGAACCAGAUGGUUUUGGACCCGCUAUACAAGACAUUCCUUGGGAUAACUUAAUUUUCCUUUGUAUUAACCACCGACUAAGAGACUGGGAUUCACCCGCAAUAAUAAACUCUUCAGGCUCACCUGAAGAACUCUUGGUGUAUUUUUUGGAGGGAGAUUUAAAAAAAUUUACGCCUCCCAAGACAUGGGAGAACGCUCGUCUUGACACUCACAAGGAAGCGCUGUGGACCAGUGAUAGCGGUUUUCCUACCAGAAGACAGCAUUCCUCAAAGACGGACAACGCUGUGAGAACCCUUCAUUUUAUUUCUGAACAAAAUAUGGAUGAAGGGACACAAAAUAAAGUGACAAAUAUCAUCAGUGCUCUUCCACAGCUGAAACAAUCUAUAUUGGCUGAGAAGGAAGAAAACCGAAGGUUUGAAGAGAGGUUGCAACAUUUUAUUGAAGAGGAACAGCUGGAUGAGUCUGUGUCUGAUUCCCUGCCUUUAUACCUCCCUGAUGCUCUGCUGAAAUCUAUAAACAUUCUACCAAAUCCAAGUGAUGGAAACCAAUCCAGUACAUCAUUGCUUCUAUCCAGAGAAAGUGCUGCAUGUACAUCUCCUGUACUAAGAUCCUUUAGAGAUAGUGAUGUGGGCACCUCAGCCAUGUUGGACUCUGGAGCUGAUGGUGCGGCAGGUUUGUUCCAGCUCUCUUUAACAGAACGCAUGGACCAACUGCAAAGACUUUUGAAAGCAAGCCAGCAGGAGGCUAGGGCUGAUGAACUUCAUUUGAGCAUACUCCUGGAUUUGGGAGAACCAUAAAGCAAACCCAUUUUUUAAAUUAACCAUAAUUGUCCCUUGCUUUGCUGUGUAAAAUUUUUAUUAUAAUAAAACAUGUAUU